AUGUAGUAACCAAACAAAGAUACAAUAUCAGAUUUUAUAGAUUAGAAAUAAGAAAAAAUUAUAGAAAAAGUAUUAAAUAUUAGCAUAACGUAAUAAGAACCUAAUGAAAAGUAUUUAAAGUCUAUGGAAAUCAUAUAAAAGGCUACAUAAAAAUUUUUCAAUGACCUUUGCUUAUAAAUUAUUAGGUUAAGUAUUUGGAGUUAUAAAAUGAGAAGAGUUAGAUAAAAUAAAUGUUUAAAGUAUUAAAUUUAAAAGAAAGAAUCAAUAGCUAAACAAUUCUUUAAUAACUGGAAGAAUAAGCCUUAUCUUAAAAAGAAAUAACUCCACAUAAUUGAUAAAUCAAAUGAUGUAAUUUAAUCUAACAUGUAUUCUAAUUACAUGCCUGUUUCACAAAACGUCUAAACUGAUGAUUUUUUACUGUAGCUUUUUCCAGUUAUUGAAAGAAUUGAUUUAUACCAAAUUGUGAAUGAGCUUAAAAUGAAAGAAUCUUUAUCUGAAAAAAAGAGAUUUAAAAAGUGGUUCAAAAUUAUUAAAAAAAUGAAUUUAUUAGUUGACAUAGAAUAAAAGAUUUGGAUAUGGUAUAUUUACAAGACUUAUAAAAAAACGUUGGGAUGCACAAGCUUCAUGCAAAUUUUUUUUUAAUAACCUCAAGUUAAAUAAUAGAAUUUUGCUUUAAAAUAUUUAGAUAUUAAAAGAAUGGUUGAAUAGAAAGAAUACAAAUAUGGAAUUACCAUAGAAAAAAAAAAUAACGAACACAUUGAUCCUAUCAUAGAUUUAACUGCUAUGUCUAAGUAAUAUUACUGCAAUAUUUGCUAUAUUUACGAUUGCAGGAUUCACUUUUAUGAACGAAAAAAAGGUUAAGAUUUUUAUCAUCCAAGCACUUUUGUUCAAAAUACUUAAUAAUAUUCUGAAAGAAUGAUUUAAUAUUUGGUUGAUAUUUACUAGAAAAUGGUUUUUGAUAUUAAUUACUCAUUUAUGCCAACGUAGGCUGAUACAUAUUGUGGUAAAUUUUGCUAUAAAAGGCUUACAAAAGAGAAAAUAAAAUAAAUUAAAGAGAGCUUAAAUUAUCCUAUUUAAUUUUCAGAUUUAGAUAAGUUAUUUAUAAAAUUAGGGGAAUAAAGAUUUUAUUUUAAUAUUUGCUAAAUGUCUCUAUUGUAAUUAAGUUUUAGAUGUGAUUUGUUAUUUAUAUAUUUAGUAGAGUAGUUUAUGCAAAGCUAUGAAAGUGAAAAUUUUUAGAUUUUAAAUGACUAGUUUAAAUAAAAAUAAGAUUAGAUAUAAUUAAAAUAAGAAUAAAACUUAAUGAGUAAUUCUAUUUUAAACUAAUCUUCUAAUACUCCAAAUACUUCUUAAUAGAAAUUCUAAGUUAAGAAAAACUUUGAUGAUAACGAUGACGAUGAAGACCCAUGGCUUCUUGAAGAAGAAGAAAAUGAAAAUGAAAUUAAUCCUAGUUAAUAUGAAAAUACUCAAAAAUAAUUAAAUUUGGCAGAAAAAUUGAAAUUGAAGGUUGAAGAAGAUAAUAAUUAGAAUUUUAUGCAUAAACUAAAAGAGUUUGUGGUUAGCAACUACACUGUUUAAGAGGUAAAUAUAAAAUAGGAAAAAAUAAAAUAAGAAAAAUUGAAAGCUCUAAUUAGAAAAUCUCAAUCUUUCUUAGUUAAACCUGAAGUUAUGUAAGAAGAAUCUGAUGAAGAUGAAGGAUUAUAAAAAGAGAAUAAUUAACAAAAAAAAGGUGAUAAGGAAUCAAAAGAAGAUCAAGAUGAGUGUUAUGGGUAUACAAAUACCUAAAACGAAACACAAUUAGAUGAUAGCUAUUAACAUUGUGUGCACUAUAGGCACAACAGAAAGCCAGUGGACACAAGCUGUAAAAAAUGCUGUUGUAGAAAAAGAGGAUUCUGUGAUUAAUAUUGCAUGUGUGAUCCUAAAAAAUGCAAAAUUUAUAGGUUUGGAUGUAAUUGUUAAGACAAUUGUUCUAAAAACACAUGCAUAUGUUUUAAGAGAAAUGUAGAAUGUGAUCCAGAUAUAUGUAAAUCGUGUUUUGAAUGCAAAUCUAAAUGUAAUAACAAUCAGAUCACACUUAACAAAGUCUAAAGAGUUGUAAUAGCUAAUUCAGAAAUUUGUGGAGGUCUAGGAAUAUACAAUGUUUAUCCUUUGUAAAAAGGAGAUCUUAUAACUAUUUAUUAUGGAGAAGUACUUUAGGAUUUAGACAUUAUAAUUAGAGAUUCUUGGAAACCUUCCAAUUUAUUUUAUAUUUUUUCUUUAUUGGGAGAUUUAACAGUUGACUCUAAAUAUAUUGGAAAUAAAAGCAGAUUCAUGAAUCAUUCAAAAAGCAAAGAGAAUUCUUAUGCUAAAAUGGUCUAUGCUAAAGGUGGAUACACUAUAGGUCUUUUUUCAAAUGAAAAAAUAAUACCUGGCACAGAGCUGCUAUUUGAUUAUGAUGGACAAGGAACUCUCAAAUUAAAAUAUGAAUGGAUUAUGUAAAAGGCAGACUCAAAAGCCAAAUAAAUUCAAGAAGAUAAUAUAAUUGUGUUUGAAGCUCAUAAUUCACCUGCUAAAAAUUAAAAUUUAAUAAAAUAAAAAAAAAGGAAAUGA